UAGGUUAGAUUAGCUUAGAACUAUACUUUCUAAGCUGUCAUUGUCUUCGAUAUUUUUAUUAAUUUACAUUAAUAUUACGUGAGCAUUUAUUAUGAAUAAGGAUAUAUGAGACCAACAACAAAAAUAUGAUGAAGUUUAGCAUAUCCUCUUUGUUAGAAAGUUGUGAUAAGGAAGGAAGAUUUUAAUUAUGGAUAUAUAUGGUAAAUACAUUGAGCAUGGAUAUAAUAGAUAUAGAACAUGUUGAAACCUGUGUGCAUUCAUCUAAACAUCCGACGUCUAUACAUUGUAACUGUAUCAGUUCAAAUUCUGUAUGCUACGUUACAAUUACCAUUGCAACUUUAGCUCUUCUAGGAGCUAUAGUUUUCAUAUGUAGAGAUUACAUCAAGGUGUUACUCUUCUGGAUAGAAAACCAGAAUAUUUGGAUUAUCACGGUCAUAUUUGUUGCACUGUUCACUGUGGUUUCUUUUCCUAUCGUAAUUGGAUAUCUCUUCCUUAUUGUUGCCAGUGGUUAUCUUUUUGGUAUUGUGCGAGGCAUAAUGAUGGUUGUUCUUUCCGCAAAUUUGGGUAUUGCUAUAGCACAUGUUACUUUGGGUGCUUUCUCUUCUAAACUGCCAAUUGGAGCACUAUUACAAAGUGAUACUGCAAGAGCUAUACUUAGAGUCAUUUCAGGACCACAAGCUUUUAAAGUUGUUCUCUUUGCAAGAUUAACGCCGAUACCUUUUGGCCUACAAAAUACAAUCUUUGCUGUUAGCAACAUAACUGGAAUUCGCUAUCAUGUAGCAAGUGCAUUGGGUUUAUUACCAGCCCAACUCAUUAAUGUUUAUUUAGGUAGCAGUUUAAGAUCAAUGCAAGAUGUACUAGAAGAUAGGUCAACUGCAGCGACCGGCUAUAUUGUUUUCUGUUUCCAGAUAUUAGUAGGAGUAUCUCUUAUGGUAUAUGUUGUACAAAAAGCACGCAGAGAACUACAGUUGGCCUUAUUGGAAGCUGAUCUUGCAUCAAUGACUGAUACACCUCACUAUUUGUUAGAUAUUAUGCCAGAUUCUAAAAUGACUUUAACAAAUUUCAUUGCUUGAUAGCUUCAUUAUAUCCAUGAUCAUUAUUAAUACUAUACGAUCAGUAUAUUUUCAUGAUUAAAAGGGGAUAUGUUAAUUCUUUUCACUCAAUAAUCUUACUAAGAAUAAGUGCACUAUAUAAUACUUAUAUUAGUGUAUAGAGUAUAAGGAGUUAAUAUUUUUUCUAUGAGAAUGGAAGAACUAUCUAUAUAUGCGUUAACUUGUUUUUCUAACUAUUUUAUUAUCUAUUAUGUUCAGAAAGCAYUUCC